CUAAAACGCCGCGAAUCCUUUGGAAGUUGCCAACUGACUCCGAGAAACUCGCCCUGGCCUGGGCACAGCCCAUACCGAUCGCAACGCCAACCGCCGAGUUGAGAGCGAGAUCACAAACCAAUCUCCGCCAUGCCGUGCCCGGAGACGGAGCCCGGCGUCUCGUCGAUCGCUGGCUGCAGCGCCGCUGCCUCCGCAUCUAGCCCCCAGCGACGCCGCCACCGAUCACCUAGCCCCCUCCGAGGCCGUCUUCGCCGCCACAACGAAUAUGAGGACAAGGGUAUGAAGGGAUCCGGGCGCGAAUCGGAGGGUUCCAGGAGCGGCAGCAGGCACCGGCACCGCCGUAAGAAACAUGGGCGCAGCGGAGGCAGCAAGGUGAGGCAUCGCCAUCGCGAUGAGGACUCGGAGACCUCCUACGAUUCCGACGACUCGAGAGAAAGAAAGAGCAGGAAGAGAUCGAGGAGCCACCACAAAGUUUCAAGGAGGAAGAAGAACAAGGGGUCAGAUCGCAGCUCCCGUGGCAAUGCCAAGUCUGGCGAUGAGAUGGCUGAAUCCGUCGAGUUCAAGAAGAAUAAGAUGGACGCGCUGAAGCAUGCGCAGGUGCCCACGCCGGAGGACAACGCGGCGCCGCUCGUCGGGCCUCUCCCGCUGCCGCAGCCCCGCGUGGACGUGCAGGUCAACUACGGCGGCGCGCUCCGGCCGGGUGAGGGCGACGCCAUGGCGCAGUUCGUCCAGCAGGGGAAGCGCAUCCCGCGGCGCGGCGAGGUGGGCCUGUCCGCGGACGAGAUCCAGAGGUUCGAGGAUGCCGGGUACGUGAUGAGCGGGAGCAGGCACUCGAGGAUCAACGUCGUCCGCCUCCGGAAGGAGAACCAGGUGUACAGCGCCGAGGAGAAGCGCGCGCUCGCCACCUUCAACUACGAGCAGCGGGCGAUGCGGGAGAGCAAGGUCAGGGAGGAUCUCAGGCGCCUCGUGGACAGGACACUCGGCAAUCUCGCCGGCACGGAGCACGAUCCGUUCGCUGACAAGUAACGCGCGCGCGAUUUCAGUCUUGGUAUCCAAUCUGCAAUCCUGUUAUUUUUCCCGUAAUCUUUUCAUCGAGUUCGUUUAGCUGAUCACCUGUACGAAAAUGUUGAUACGUCUGCUACUUGAGGCUGUCUUUGCAAUAUGUCAUCUAUGCAUCCUUGUCUUAA